AUGGGCGUCGAACGCAAGAUCAUCACUCGCGGCAACGGUUCUGACUCGCCCGCUUCAGGCGACAAGGUCUCGAUCCACUACACCGGCUGGCUCUACGAUGCCAAGAAGGCCAACAAGGGAUUCCAGGGCAAGCAAUUCGAUAGCUCUCGGACUCCGGGCCGUGGGCCCCUGAAUGUUCAAAUCGGUGUUGGACACGUCAUCAAGGGUUGGGAUGAGGGAGUCCAGCAGAUGACUCUGGGCGAGAAGUCUAUUCUGACCAUCACUCCCGACUAUGGUUACGGUGACAAGUCGGCCGGCAAGAUCCCUGCGGGCUCUACCUUGAUCUUCGAGGUUGAGCUGCUCAAGAUCAACAACAAGAGCGCUUAG